GUGGUUGGUUAAGGGGUUUUAAUGUUAAAAGAAGAAGGAUUUUGGUCAGUUUUGUUUAACUGUUUGUUUAAAAUGAAUUUAGAAUGGAGACAGAAGUGAAGUGCAAGGAGCAGACGUGAAACUGUAACAAAGCAAUAGUUGGGGUGAUUUAGAACUACAAACUUUAUGGCUUGAAACAAGACACAGCACACCAACGCCAAGUUUGUUAUAAGAUUAUGUGAAAAAGUUUGCGAGAUUAAAGUUUUGUUUAUUUAUGAAGUUGAGCUGAGUACAGUUUGAAGACAGUGCUGGAAAAAGACGAUAUGUAAUAUCGAACGAUAACGAAAAUAUUACAAUUUUCCAAGCUGUUUAAUAUCAGAUGUUUGAUUAACGCAAUUCAGCAAAAGAAUUAAAAAGUGCUUAAAUUAUUCCAGACAUUAAUUUGUUGAUAAUUUAUGUUUUAAAUAAGUUUUAGAAUCAUGUGAUUUUAACAAUUGGAGAUUAAUUUGAAACUGAAAGCUGCAGAAUAAUUAAUAUUUAUAAGGUGAUGAGCAGAUAUUUCUGACAUUUGGUUUCUAUAUAAAGGAGCUGUGUUAUUGGAUUGUUUUAGUGACUGUUGGUAUUAUAUAGUUUAACAAUGGUAGAGUGAAGACAUUGCAUUGACACAAGUUUUACAUUGUUUUGUUGUGUUUGAUAUUUAUCGACAUUUUAAAUUUUUUUGCGUCUCCUCAUAUUCGGUUGUUGUAUUUAUAUAUCAAUGAGGUCCUAUCAGGGUGAGAUGUUAACUGGAACUCCAAGUCCUAUUCAAGGACCAGCAAUGAUUCUACCAAGGAAUAAUUUGUAUACCCAUUUAUGGCCUCAAUACGGACGAAACGGACAUUCGUAUCAUCCAUCCUGCAGAAACGAUUUACCCACAAGUCAAGUUCCACCUCUCACACCGGGAACCACACAAAAAAUGUCACAAGCCUUGGUAGAGAGUUUCAAGGCCUUUGAGAAGGAACAAAGGCGACUCAAUAUUCCAAGAGAUCCAUCACAAUGGAGUGAGUUGCAUGUUAUACAGUGGUUAUCAUGGGCCAUUAAAGAUUUCAGUCUAGAAGGCAUAAAUAUGAGUAAUUUUAAUGUGAAAGGGAAGGAACUCUGUAAGCUUGACAAAGAAGAGUUCUUAAGUCGUUGUCCGCCAUAUGUUGGAGAUAUUCUGUAUGAACAUAUUGACAUUCUUCAGAAAGAAAUUGCCCAGGAACGAGCGCUACUGUGUAAUGUACCACAGAACUACAGCGAACCUGUCUGUGUACCAGAGUUUGGAGAGCGAUAUGUCCAACAAAAUCAGCAAGGUUUUUCUAAUUCAGAUCAGUCAAUGCCUGUCGUUCCAACAAGCCAGCCAUAUAUUGAAAGUUCCUACCCGAUUUCCGAAUCCCUUCAGACGUUGAAUGAGAUCAGUAGCGAGAACAUAAUGACCAGUAACUACGAAGAUACGUCCGAUUAUCAGAGUUUGGAACACAGUCAAAAUUAUUUCGACCAAAGUCACGCAGAAUUUUACCCGAUGAUGGGUGAACAAAAAUACAGAAUCCCUAAUAAACAUUACAGAGGUCAAUAUAUGCCCGAUACCCCACCACAAGAACAUUUCUACGAACAACCUUAUCAGACGGUUCCUAGUAUAAAACAAGAACGACCUUGGUCUACCCAGGAAUACGGUCACUCACAAGAUCUCACUGACAGUUGGCAAGCAGCCGAUUUACGCACUGGUCUCGGACCUUCACCUUUCCAUAAUCUGCGAGUCGGAACGCCAGAUGGUAGCGAACAAAAUAAACCAAUGAUCCAGGCGGCAGCUCUUGCAGGAUAUUCCGGAAGUGGACCAAUCCAAUUGUGGCAGUUUUUACUAGAACAAUUAACAGACAAAUCCUGUCAACAUUUUAUAUCCUGGACCGGAGACGGCUGGGAGUUCAAACUUUCUGACCCUGAUGAGGUUGCCCGUCGCUGGGGAAAUCGUAAAAAUAAACCCAAGAUGAACUAUGAAAAAUUAAGUCGCGGGUUACGCUACUAUUACGAUAAAAACAUUAUUCAUAAGACAGCUGGUAAACGCUAUGUAUAUCGCUUUGUUUGUGACCUACAAAGUCUUCUGGGAUACACUCCAGAAGAGUUGUUUGAAGCCUGCGACAUCAAGCCACAAAAAGACAAGGAAGACGAUUGAAUCAAGAGUAGUGUAUUGUGGGAAGAAAUGUUUCAAAUAUUCGCUAAGAAUGUAUAAAAAGGCUUUAUAAGGCCUAUGUUGGACAUAACGGAGAUUUCAAAUCUCUAUAAUAAUGGCAAAUUGUUUUUGGUUGCUACUAGCAACAGUUACUAUGGAGGUGUGAUGUUAAAAAAUGUCUGCACAAAGCGGAUGAUAGGCUGUUUCCUUUUGGAAAUUGACCAAUUGAAUUACGUUUUACUGUUAUUUUUGUUUUCAAAUGUAUAGUAUUUUAAAGAAGCAAUGUUUUUAUUGGAACAUGCGAAUGUUAUUUACUGUUGAUCUAACUGUAGUCAUUGUUAAACACUAUAUAUAUAUAAAAAUACGCUGAAAUUUUACAAAUCUGUUGUCAUAGUAACAAGUAAUCUCAGUUGUCAUAGGAACAAAUUUUAUAUUCAUUUGUACAUAAUCCAUGAUUUGAAUAAUUAGCUGGAGUUGCGAAUGUAAUCUUUCAUUAGAAUCUAUAUCAAUUGUUUGCUAUUUUUUAACCAAAAUCAUAAAUGGAAUUAUUUUCGUACCAAUCAUUAUAGUCAUGUUGAAGCUAUAAUAUUUGUAAAAAUUGAUUUUAAAAUUAUAUAAAGAUACACAAACUUUAUUUCUUAUAUAAAAUAUAUAUAUAUAUAUAAUCUGUUUUAUUCUCUUUGUCCAUAUUUGGCAUCACGUUGUGCCUUGCUUAAAAGUUCAAGGUUAUUGCCUUCUGCUGUUUUCUCCUUUUUUUUUUUUUGCUGCUGAUCUAUGACCUCUAUGCACAGUGCCUUUAAUCUAUGAUAUGAUUCCAGUCAAAAAAUCUUUUCUCAUUAAGCAAAUGACUUUAAGUCAGAAAUUAUCAUUCAAAUUCAUUUAAAAUUUGUGCAAAAAAACCUUUUUCAAUCAUAAGUUUUCAUUCAUUCAUCCAUUCAACAAAUAUAAAGAUAUUUUAUUGUUAUCCCUGUAAAUGAAAAACAUUUUUUCAUAACCUAAUCUCUGUUUUAUUAUAAGGUGCCAUUAGAAGAAGAAAAAUUUUCCUUCUUUAUUCACUCUUACAUUUUACCUUUUGAUCAUUUAGUUCCUGUAAGAUUUUAAAUAAUUGAAAUUUUUGUAAGCAUUUAUGUAAAACAUGAAAGUCUUUAAAACACUACUUUGUGUUGUAAAACUGAACAUGUCAUUUUAGAGUGUACUAACUAGUCUGUUGAUAACUGCCAUAUAUGGAGAUAUUUUUAAAAACAAUUUGCAUUUAAGAAUUUUGUAUUUUUUACAAGUAUAUAACUCAAAUUUUUAGAAUAUUUUAGCAUUCCUGCUGUUUGUUGGAUUAAUGUUAACAAAUUUGUAAUUGGUGAAAUAGAACAAUUUUGAAUAAAUAUAAUCAUCAGAAAUUUUGUAAUAUAAUAAUGACUAAUUAAAUCUGUAAAUUUUCUAAUUUCCUUCCAUGAAGUUAUUUAAAUUAAAAUGUCCUAAUCCAUUCAGGUGAAAUAGAAAUAAAUUGUUAAACUCCUUGUAAGGUAAUGUUAUUUUGCUAUCAGUUAAAACUGGGAAUUUUUAUCUACAUGUAAUUUUCCCAAGUUUUAAAUUAGAUGUUACAUUUCUUCUGUAAUGCAAAAAUUAAAAACUGCAUAAUGAAAAAUGGGCGGAUGAAAAAGCAAAUAUAUUUGCAUAAUAAAACCUUCUGUCCUUUAAAGAAAAAUUGAACUUAAUGGUUAUUAGAAAAUCAGGGAAGUAACCAGAGGGCAGAUUUAUCAAACUUCCAAAGUCAUCUAAAAAUCGUUUCUAUUAUUAUUAAAGCUAAGUCUGGAAAUUUUUUGCAUCUGUCAGACAUUUUUCCGAAAAAGUAAAAUCUUCACAUUUUAAAAGAUUUAUAGUACAGUUUUCCAACAGUUCUUAAAAUUUCUUUUUAUUAGAAUUUUUAAGGAUUUUAGAAGUUUGAUAUAUGUGUUCUCUGAACAAUAUCCCAACAGAUAUUAUUAAAAGAUUUCUAUGCUGUUUAAUUUUGCUUGCUUGUAACUUUUGUAAAUAUUAUUUUUUGGAACAGAUAGCAAUUUAACAUUCCCCGAAGAAAAAAUGUAAAAAUUUGAAACAUUUAUGAUCUCAUAAUGCUAAGCUGAACUGAUUAUAUAUCUCUUUAAGAAAAAACAAAAAAACAUUUGUUUUCACAGCAUUUUAUUUGGACGGAUAAAUAUUUCACUUUGGUUUGAUGAUCAAGUGAAAACAUGCCAUAUUUGCAGAUUUAUUGACAACAACUUCAAUCACUUAAAAUUGAUUGUAACUUAUAAUCAUUGUUAAAAGGAGAACCACUGCUGAUUUAUUUUCAUUUUUUUAAUAUUUUAUUUAUUAUCUAGAAGUAGAAUAAUUUGAAAAACGAACUACAUGAAGCACAAACCCUUUCGCUUCUUAUUAACAAAUUACCAAGUUGUCUGUGACAUAAUGAUAAAGGGUAACUUCUUUAAAAAUAGGUAAUGAAUAAAAUAUAAUAAUUUUAAAUGUCAGUGGUUAGAGUUCUCCUUUAAAAAUUAUGACUUCAAAUUGCAGUGAAUUUUGAGAGAUUUAAAUAUUUAUCAAAUAUUUCACUGCCCAAAUGAAAUGCAGAGGUAGGAGAGGUGACCUCCUAAUGACCUUUUCUUCGUUAGAAGGCUUUUCCACCCUCUUUCUUUUCGUCCUUAAAUGACAAUAAAUAGUAAAUAAUUCAAGCUACUUGAACAUUGAUCAGUAUUCUCUUGAAAUUUUUACUAUUUAGAAGGUCAAAAAGGGGUUUGGAAAGGUCUUCUAAGGAAGAACUAGAAUCAAAAACGAUCUACUCCCUUUGUUUAUACCUCCAAGAGUGGAAUACAAACAACUCAAAUGCAAAUGAAUCGAAAGGAAACGUUUGAAAUUAAAGUGUACCUUUUUGAAGCUGAAAACAAUAACGAAUCAUGAAAUGAUUGAAAUAACAAUGUUUGAUUUGAGCAGGAAUAUAUUAUGUAUGUAUGUAGAUCUCUUAUUUGAGAAAAUGUCUUCAGAUUCUAAGAUGACGAUACAUGAGGUGCAUUUAGCGAGUUUUUGUUUGAAAUGAAAUAUUUUGUUUCUAAAUAUUGUACUUUUAUUUUAUUUUGGUAAGUCAAGUGUAUAAUUCACCUUGACCUAAAUACAGUAUAAGGUGUUUUUUCAUUGUGUGUGUGUAUAUAUAUAUAUAUAUAUGAAAAAUGAAUAUUAAUUAAAAUAUAAAUGCUAUAAAAAUAGUGCUUAAAAUAUUAAAAAUGAGAAAAAAAUUCUUUUUAUAUUAUAGUAUUAAAUAAUUAUGUGUAAAAAAAAAAUAUAAAUGCAGGGCUCCUUUUCAAUUUAGUGCAAAUUACCCGGUAUGUAAAAAUUAUUUAAUAAUAAUUGUUUUCAGAAAUUAAGUGAAGAAUUAAUUAUAUCUACACAUCAAAAAUAAUAAGUCAACUUCCUUUACAUAUGUACUUCUGUAUUUUCCCCACUAGGAGGGUAGUAGGUAUUGGGUGGAUUUAUAUCUGGAGGUAUGGUUUAUUAACUAUUUGAUAAUUACUACAUAAUGUUAUCUAAUAAAGUAUAAUUUAGAUCAGUUCUCAAUUUAAUCAAGCACCACCCUACCACUAGACACAUUCUUCUGUUAGCCAGACCUGACCGAUGAUAGUGUUGAAAAGCAGAGCCCUGCAAAUAGAUAUCAUUAUGUAUCAUUCCCAAUAUAUAAAGUGCUAUGUUAAGAAUUCAAGACAUCAGUGAUACAUAAAACGUGUGUAUGAUAUUUUAGGGACAAAUAUUUCGUAAUUGAGUCAGUAUUUUAAUAAAAUUUUAUAUCCAAUCUCAUAAGUUGGCACGAAUUUUAAGAAACAAAGCAAUAUUGUAAAUGUAUUUUACGGUGAUUUUAUGAUGUUCCGUUGAUUGCUAAAUACUUGAUCUUUCUCUUAAACUAAAUUGCGGUGGAUAAUGAAAUAUCUGUUUUGAAAUAAAUCAGUGCCAUUCAUCUGAUCAUAUUUUAUAAAAGUCAUUUCCUUUUACUUUAAGAACCGGUGAUAAAACAGUAUUUGUAUGUCACGUAUUAUAUUAAAUAUAAAAUUAUCUAUCAAAAAUAAUGGUAAUUAUAUUUGAAUAUUGUGCAGAAAACGUCUAACAAAAUAUAUUAAGAACAAACAAACGAUAAUUGUAAAGCAAUACAAUUUAGCCAUCCUUUUGUUUUUCAUUCGGCAUCCCAAAUUGGCUUUAGAUAGUUUACAAAAUAAUUUGUAUUAAUGUGGAUGUUUGGUACUUUAUUAUUAACAUAUAAUGUUUUGGUGAGGCUCCAAACGAAUAUACCAUUUCAUUAGCUUAACCAAAUUCAAAUUCCAUCAGUGUGCGUGUCAACACUGAUUCGAACCCGUUUGGUUUUAGAAAUGAACACGGCCAAAGUCUUGUGUAUAUUGUAAAUUUUAGCAGUACCACUCCUCUUUACAAGUUUUUAUGCUUUGAUAUUCUUAAUAUACUGCCUUAUAAAACAAUUUUCAAAAGUUGAAAUAUAGAUUUAUUGGUUAUUAAAAGAAACUGAUAUAUAUCACACCUAUGCCUUAUUUAAUUAAUAGUAGGGAGAUGCAUUCUUGUCAUGGAAUAAAUCUCGUCACCAAUUUAGAUAUAAGUUAAAAUGAAAUGUAUUUAUAUUAAAACAACUUCCAUUGCCUUAUGGAGAUUCAUUAAUUCCAUUUUACAGGAGGGGAGAUUCAUUAAUUCCAUCCCUCAUCAAUAAAGUUAAAAUGGGAUCUAUUUAUACUAAUACUACAUUUACUGCCUUAUAUUUGACAUAAAAAGUUUGUAAAAAAUAUUAUAAUAUUGAAAAAUAUAAAAUAUAUUUACUACUGUUUGUAAUAAGAUCAGUAUUGUGUUUAUUGUUCUGCCAAUAUACUAUAACAUCAUGUUUGCUGCUAUAUGUUGCCAAGAUAGAUUGCAGUGUCAUAUAUUACUAUGGUAUACAAUGCUGUAGAAUAUAUUAUUUAUGUUAUAUAAUGCAGUCAAUAGAUUACUAUGGUAUACAAUGCUGUGGAAUAUAUUAUUUAUGGUAUACAAUGCUGUGGAAUAUAUUAUUUAUGGUAUAUAAUGCAGUUAAUAGAUUACUAUGGUAUAACAUUAAUAUGCAUUGCAGUGGAAUAUCACAUACUUUAUAGUCACAUUGUUAUAUAUUACUGAUGGUAGUAGUGUAGUGGCAUCUCACUGUGUAACAUUAUUGGGGUGUGAUAGACUGCCUUGGUCACAAUAUGGUAUACCUAAUGGUCCACAGUUUGAGAUUAUUACCAUGGUAAAUAUAUUACUGAAGUAUAUAACAACUAUAUGGUAUCAAUUGUCAUGAUAACUAUGGUUAUGACAGUAAACUGUAUUACAUUCUGGUAUAGUCGUACAGUGUGGUAUAUUGAAUAUAUUGCCAUGGUAUAUUACUUUGCAGUGCCUUAUAUUCAAUAUGUCACUACUGUGUAAUAUGAGAAUUAAGUGUAUUGCACUUUGGUAAAUUGAAUAUAUUAUAGUGUGAUAUAAUUAUACAGCGUUGUAUAUCAAUCAAACUGUGGUAUAUAUAAUAUCUACCAUUUAUACUAUGUCCGUCAUCUAUAUAAAUAUUUCCUCCAAGUUUUGUCAGGUUUUGGAUUCUCAAAUAAAAAGCACUAUAUUGAUAA